AUGGUAUUACAAAUUGGAAGUGCAACCGUGCGUGCAGUGAAAUGCUGCUCAGCAGCAAGCACAGCAAAAGGAAUUAACUUCAAGGUUUUUGCUCUGUUUACUUUCUGGGUGGAAGAAACAAUCAGGAUGGCUUCUACAAGUAAAAGUUCUGCAGUGAGAACUCAAAAUACGUUUUGCCCUGAAGGUGGUGUCUACAAGCAUGGAUUCCUCAUCAAAUCACCACCUCUUCAACUUUUUGGCUCACAGAAUUCCUGGAAAAGGCGUUUUUUCAUCCUGUCCAAAUCCAGCAAGGGCAAUUACAUCCUGAAGUAUCUAAAAGGCCAGACCAUAAAAGGCUCCAUAGCUGUUGAUCAAAUCAUAAAUAUCAAAGUUGGCAUAAGCAAUUCUGAAACUAUGGAAACGGUGAGGAAGAUGUUUAAAUGCCUUCCUGAGCAGGUGAUGUCCAUCAGUACUGGAAACAGAUGUUACUACCUCAUUGGGAGCAGCAGGCAGGAAACAGAGGACUGGGUCGCUGUGAUAUCUUCGAUCUGCAAGGAGGCCAAAGGAGGGGGAUGCUGCCCUCAGAACCGAGAUCUUCCAGAUCCAGAAGUCAGAAGCCGUCCCUCGUCUUUGCCACUACUCUUGAAUUCUGUAGAUACAAUCAGUUUUGCAAAAAGGCAAAGCUACCAGAAGGAGAAUGGUCCCUCAGAAGACAAGAACAGGCCUAAUUCAGAUCCUGGCCCUCAUCAGGCUCAGUGUGACUCACCAAGAGGAGUUUUUCCAAGCCUGGUAAACAGAACUAAUCAAACGGCUCUUGACUCACCUGAAAAUAUAACAAUCUAAAAUACAGAUGAAGACAUCAAAGAGGACGAAGAAGACGACUAUUACCAAACUCCCAGCAAUAUUUUAGCAAAGUGCACUACUGAAGUAUCCAAGCCUGACCCUACAGCUAAGUCUGAUGUCUCUGUGCAAGAGAAGCCAGUGCAGGAGAAGCCAGUAAAAGAGGACAUUUAUAUGUCAAUGAAAUCGCUUAGGUUGCUGGAUGAGAGCUGCCAGCUCACGUGCAGACAUGAUGGGCUCCUGUCUCCUCCCAAAUGCCAAGACAACGGUGCAUGUCCAAGAGACUUGGAAGCAAACAGAGACCUAAAACUCCCAGAGAGCAGCACAAGCCAGCAGCCAACCCUUCAGAGAAGGCAAAAUUCGUUACCACUUUCAGUCGUUCAGUUGUCUAUACUGCUCGGUCAAGUUACAGAUGAGACCCAGCUGGAGAAGCUGGAUAUUUUUGUCCCCCUGGAUGAUAUUAAAAGUUACCUAAAACUUACUGAAGCAGCAGGACAAAUAUGUGUCUCACAGUGGACUGGUCCUUGCCGACUGGGAUGUUUGUUUAACCACGGAGACCAUAUAGUGGCUGUGAACGAUCUGCAACCCCAGGACGUGCAGGAAGCUUACUUCUUCAUCAGCAGGUCCACAAGAAAGGAGGUGAAACUUACUGUACGUAGGAUUCCACAUUCAGAUAUCUUCCAUGUUAAAGGCUGCUCAUGUUCCUGA